UAUCAAUAUUUACUAUUAUUUAGUAUUUACAUUAUACAGUAGAUACUAAUGAUACUAUAAUGUGUGUAGUAAAUACUAAAUACUAACAGCACUAACUACCUUAAUUUUAGAUUACUUGACCUCGUGCUUUCAAAAUCACUUUAUUAAGAAAAACUGACUAUCAGUAUAAUUCACGAUCAAAAUAUUUUCAGUUUCAUCUAAAAUGGACGCCUUCAUGAUGAUACAACGAAAAAAGCUAACCAUAUUUACUGAUGCUAAAGACAACAUACUGGUUAAUGAACUCAAAAAAAUUAUUGGAUGUAUCAUUAAAGUAGCACCAGAAAAUCAACAACUUUAUUACAAAGAAGAAAUCAUGGAUGGGACAAAAACGUUGUCAGAGUGUGGUUUGAAUUCUAAUAUUGCUAAGGCACAAAGUCCAGCUACUAUUGGUUUAGCAUUGAAGAUGGAUAAUGGAGAAUUUGAGGCAUUAGAAAUGGUACCAUACUCAUUGCCACCUGAAUUACCAUAUGUUAUGAAAAAUCAAGAACCUAAUGGCCAAGAACCACCCAUGUAAACAGCAAUCA